AUGCCGCGUCUUCCGUGGACAAAAAAAUAUAAAUUGUUACCAUCAUCAAAAAAAUGGACUAUUCGAAACAAUAAUUCAGCAAGUCGGUCAAUAGAUGGUAAUGGUGGUAUUAAUGGUAUAUACAAAUUAACUGAAUCCUCCUCGUCACCAUCAGGUGUUACAGCCAUUAGCUCGCCUUCAACUACACUUGCCGGUGAUGAUCUCGAAAAUGAUGUGAUUGAAGUUCCGCCACCAAUGGAUAUUCAAGCUCAACCGAAACUAUCUGCUGAUACCAAUCUUGAUAAAGUCACCACGGACGAACCUUCAUCACUCGCUCCUAUCAAUAUCGUUGCUGGGUUAUCAGCAAGUGACUUUCAUAUUCCAACUGCCUUGUCAGUGACGACACCAUCCGUCAAUGAUGGUUCGACAACGAGCACUUCUAUGCCAUCGUCAAGUAUUCCACAGCAAUAUUCGUCAACAACACCAACACCAUCAUCUCUUUCACCAUCUCCAUCAACAAUAACAACGACAGCUAAUGCCAAUACAUUAUUAUCUUCAUCAGCGACAACUGUGAUUCCAAAUGAUACUCCUCAUGAACAAAUCGAUGAAGCAUCUGUAGAUGAUAUCGAUACGAACGUCGAUCAAUCACAUAGCUCGCUAACUACGACGACGACAGCCGAUGAACAUGUUGAUGAUCGAACAAAAUAUGGUGAAAAACGACGACAUAAUAUCAUUGAAUUAAUUGAAACUGAAAAAGAAUACGUCAAAGACUUAGCAUUGAUCGUAGAAAGCUAUAUGAAUAUAAUUGAAAAUGAUAAAGAUUUGAAAAAACCGACAGGACUCAUUGGCCUUGAACGUGUUGUUUUCGGAAAUGUUCAAAGAAUAUAUGAAUUUCAUCGAGACACAUUCUUGCCACAACUCGAACAAUGUAUCGAAAAUCCUGACAUUCUCGGUCGAUUAUUCACUACCAACCGAUUCAAUCCCUAUGUACGAUAUUGUGAAAACAAACCACGGUCAGAAUAUAUUGUUUCGGAAUAUCACGAUUAUUUUGAGGAAAUUCGUAAAAAACUCGGUCAAAAAUUACUUGUAUCAGAUUUACUAAUCAAACCCGUUCAAAGAAUCAUGCGUUAUCAACUAUUGCUCAAAGAAAUCCUUAAAUCAACCGAACGCAUGGGUGAUGAAUCUCGUGCUAUACGUAGUGCUUUACAAGUAAUGAUCGAAGUCCCGCGACAAGCCAAUGAUAUGAUGAAUGUUGGGCGUAUCAAAGAUUUACCAACAAAUGUUCAUCAACUAGGUGAAUUAAAACUACAGGAUAUGGUAUUGGUCAGUGAACCCAUAUCGAAGGAUACGAAAGAUGCGAAAGAAGUGGAAAAGAAAUUGAAAGAACGACGAGUAUUUCUUUUUCAACAAGCCAUGGUUUUCUGUGAAGAAAUACCAGCGAAAGAUAAAUAUUCAAGUCCAAAUUAUAUUUAUAAAUAUGAUUUAAAAAUAAACAAAUUGCAGCACAAAGAAUUCAAACGGCAUAAAGACGCAUUUCAAUUCACAUUAGUCGAAGUAGAUGCUGGGAAUACACGUCGAGUCAUUUGUCAAUGUAAAGACGAUGAACAAUAUGAAUUAUGGGUGACCAAUGUAGACAAGGUGCUUCAACGUCAGAUGGAUCUUAUCAUAGCGCUUACUAAUCCUACAGCUGCUCUACAAAAAGAUCCUCGUUCUAAGCAAGAUUCAUCCAUGUCAUUAUUUACUCCAACAAUUGCCACAACAUCUCGACAUCAAAUUAAGAAGUCUAUGUCUGAUCGUUCUGGUAAAUCUCCUGAAUCAUUAUCACCAACUCAUCAUUUAUCUACAUCACCAAAAGCGUCGAAUUCGAUGACAUCACCUACACGAACACUAUCAGGUUCCGAUACAGCAUCAUCGGAGAAUUCGACCAAAAAAUCACAUUUCAAUCUAUUCGAUUCCAUCCUACAACGUUCAGUAACCAAGCCACUAUCCAUAAAUACAUCAACGCAUCAUGAAACGACAUCACAGAAACGAUUAGGUACUCCGACAUCUUCAUCUUCGUCGACGAAUAAUACUCAACUACCUGAACAAGCACGUUGUUUGUACAAUUACAAUGCGAUAAAAGAAGAUGAAAUCUGUGUGCAAAAAGGUGAAUAUGUACAAAUCGUCGCUGCCAAUCAAGAUAAUCGAUGGUUUGUUCAUCGCGAUGCUAAUCGAACAUCACCCGCUGCUGAAGGUUGGAUACCAGGCUUCGUUCUUGGUCUAAAAAAUCCCAAUUCUACAACAUAUCAUAAUUUGUCUCCAUCAUCAACUCCAUCACCGUCAGCAUCUUACCAACAACAACCAACAUCAUCCGUGUCUGCUAGUAGCCUUCAUCGUUUAACCAGUACAACGACGUCUACGACGCAUCAUCCAACCAUAUCUUAUGAAUCAACUUUACCUCCUAAACCACAGCCGAGUACUUGCGAUAAGCGUCUUAGUGGUGUUCUACGUCAUUGUGGCCCUGAAUUGAAUCUCUCUGUUCAUGAACGCACCCUUUUCCUUGGACAAUCGCUAUUUCUCCAAGGCCACGUGAUUGGUUGUCCACGUCCAGCAAUUGUCUGGCAGCAUCCACGUGGCUAUGCACUAAUUGACGAUGGAGUUAAUGUUCACACACAUUAUGGUGAAGACGGAAUUAUUUAUUUACAACUUUUGAAUGUGUCCGUACAGGACGCAGGCGUCUAUGAAUGUAUAGCGACAAGUACACGAGGGACAGUUUCACAGCAAAUCCAUAUUCAGAUCAAAGAUUCGAAUGAUUAUCAUAAACUUGAACAAGUUCAGUGGGCAUCCAAAUAUACUCCAAAUGAUUAUCGUGAAUUGAAUGAAAUCGCUCGAGGUCGUCAUUCCAUUGUUCGUCAAUGUCUCCAUAUAUCAACCGGUGAUAUAUGUGCUGUUAAGCUAAUCUCCAAAAAAUUCAUUUCACAUGAACGGACUUUACAUGAAUAUACUCUUGUGUCAUCAAUUCGUCAUAAUUCAAUCAUACGAGUAUUUCAAUUCAUUGAAACCAAUUCAUUUUCAAUCAUUAUUUCUGAAUUAAUUUCCGGUGGACGUCUAUUUGAUUAUCUUUGUUCACAAACGCUAAUUAUCGAACAAAAAAUAGCGAAGUAUAUUCGACAAUUAUUGGAUGGAUUGAACUAUUUGCAUCAUUCGAAAAUUGUUCAUUUGGACAUACAACCGGAAAACAUUCUGAUUAACACGGAAUACGAUCAAAUAAAACUGUGCGAUUUCGGUGAUGCGAUUCGUCUAUCCAAUAUGAGAUAUGCACAUCGGACAUUAGGGAAUAUUGAAUUUGCAGCACCCGAAUUAGUCAGUGGAAAUAUUCCUGUCCAUUUCAAAACAGAUAUAUGGUCGGUUGGCGCUAUUUUAUACACAUUAUUAUCUGGUCUUUCACCAUUCCUAGACGAAACUGACGAACAAACGUGUGCAAAUAUUCUCAAUGUUGAUUUUAACUUUCCGGAGAGACUAUUUCCUUGUGUAUCUCGAUCAGCCAUUGAUCUCAUCGAACGAAUAUUUGUUCGUGAACCAAAUGAUCGUCCAUCCGCCAGUGAUUGUCUUAUGAACGAAUGGUUUCAUCGUGCUGGCCAAUAUCAAAUCUCGACAGUUAAUUUGAACAAUUUUAUCGAGCGAAGAAAAUCUCAAGUGAAAAGUCUUAAUUAA